GAUAUUCUUGGUUCCAGUCCACAGUGCAAGGAAUAUUGCACGUUUCUCUAUGACGGAUAUGGAAGAUGGGUCAAUGGGACUUGGUUUCCUUUCUUAAAACCAAUAUACAAUACAAGUACACUAACAGACCGUACAACACCUACUGGUACAAUAAUAUCCUAUGGCGAUUCACUGGCCCUUCGAUUUGGAAUUUCUAUGGCCAGCAACAAAAAUAUUCGUGAAGUCUACGAACGAUCCACAUACCGAUAUAACUGGAUCUAUCCUGUUGGAAACGAACAGGUUGAGAUACAAAGAAAUGACGACUUGGAUUUGGACAUUGAUCGAGUUGUUUCGUAUAUAAAGGAAGUCCUUGAGGAGCCACUUUACGAUAGAGAGAAUACUGCUUUGGUGCUUAACAUCGGCUUACAUUGUGUUAUGUCUGUCAACUUCAGCUCGUAUCAGAUUCUUUUAGAAAAGGUUCUUGAUUUACUUUUUGUGAAUCAAACGCUCACAAGUAAAGGCAAGCUACAACCCAGAUACAAAACUACGGUUAUUUGGAAAACUACUACGCAGAUCAGAAAAGAAAAUGGAGACUCUUUGAAUCUCACAGACGUUCGAUUUUAUACCACGCAGAGAGUCCUUCUUUAUAAUGCAUAUGCAACAUGGAGAAUGUGUAGAGCUGGGAUUCCUGUGCUUGACGUUUUACCAGUAACUCUGUCAUAUCCUUCUGGACCAAUUGAUGUCGAACAUUACCCAGAUCAUGUUUUCAAGCAAGCUGAGGACGCCUUGGCUGAUUUCAAGAGAUUUCACAACAACAAAAGCAAUCGACUGACAAGAACUUGUAUUUAUACCUAGUCAUUACUCUUAUAUCAUUUUUUUUGUAGAUUACGAGAUUUUUGCAUUACUUAUGUAAAAAUAAAAUAAAAUAAAACAAAAUAUUUACAUCUUA